GGGUGAAUGGGCUGGUUGUGAGGGUCGGGUGGCUCAAAUUACAUUUUGUAGAAACCACAUUCCAUACAGUCAUUGGAUAGUAAACAUUAAAGGUGCGCGCUCCAGCAACUGUUAAAGAGGAUCUCUGCAUCCGUUAUCGAUAGACUACACAUGUGUACUUGAUGAUUCUGGAAAUGGCCUGACGCGGCAACUUGAGUUUAUUUUUGGCUCCUCUCAUCAGCCUUGGGUUUAAAGAGUAUGCAUGCGCCUUACUGGAAAUUCAUUCACUGGAAUGCCAGAUCUGUGAUACCCAUAUGAUGGAGUAGGCUUCUGCAGAACGCACUUUACAAUCUUGUGAACUUGGUGUCAGGGUGGCAGAUUGUGUUCAUAUGCAGAACGCAUGAAGACGCUUGCUGUGGUGACAUGAACGUGGUUCGCAUGAACAAGAAAUUGUUGGGCGCUGCCCUGGUCCUGUGUGUCGUGGUGGUGCUUGGUGCCAAGUAUCUACUGGGCAGUCGAGAUGGUCCGAGUGAGCCCGUGGAGGAUGUGUUGGAUUUCAAGAAGCGAGAGACCAUGGCGGACAGACUGCAGGAGAUGGAACGAGAGAACCAGAUGCUCAAGAAACAGCUCAGCAUCUCCCAAGCUCAGCUGCAGCAGACCUACGAGACCUACCAGAAUGUCAACUUCAGUGCAAGCGAUGGCGCACGCCGCAACCAAUCGGCUGACGGGAUGGGCUGCAAGAAUGCGCAGCCGGCCGUGCCCAAGUGUGAGGUCAUCCAAAUCGCAGUGGUCUGCGCGGGCCACAACGCUAGCCGAGAGGUGACCAAUUUGAUCAAGUCCAUUUUGUUCUACCGCAAGAAUCCGCUGCACUUCCACUUCUUGUCGGACGAGGUGGCCCAGGUUAUCCUUGAGACGCUGUUCCGGACGUGGGACGUGCCCGGAGUUAAAGUUAGUUUCUACCUCGCAGAAGACUUCAAGAGUGAUGUGUCGUGGAUACCCAACAAGCAUUACUCCGGUCUCUUUGGUCUCAUGAAGCUACUUAUAACCAAGAUCCUACCAGAGGAUAUUGAAAAGACCAUAGUUUUGGACAUCGAUGUGACUUUUGCCACGGACAUUGCUGAGCUGUGGAGGAUCUUCGUUCAUCUGACCGGCAAGAAGGCCAUAGGUCUGGUGGAGAACCAGAGCGACUGGUAUCUGGGGACAAUCUGGAAGAAGCAUAAACCAUGGCCAGCACUGGGGCGAGGCUUCAACACAGGGGUCAUGCUCUUUGACCUCAAGAAGCUCAGGGAGUUGAACUGGAUGCACAUGUGGCGACUGACAGCAGAGAAGGAACUCAUGAGUCUUCUGUCUGUGUCACUCGCCGACCAGGACAUCAUCAAUGCAGUCAUCAAGCAGCAUCCUUACAUCGUACACAAUCUGCCAUGUGCGUGGAACCUGCAGUUGAGUGACCACACACGCAGCGAGCUGUGCUAUGCUGAGGUCACAGACCUGAAGGUCAUCCACUGGAACUCCCCAAAGAAGCUCCGCGUCAAGAACAAACACGUGGAGUUCUUCCGCAACCUGUACCUGACUUUCCUGGAGUAUGACGGCAACUUGUUGAGGAGAGAGCUGUUUGGCUGCGCGGACGGAAAAGGGAACAUGUCCCUGGAAGAAAAGUUUAGUAAAUUAGACGAAGAUGACCAGUGCUACGAGUUCAGAAGAGAGAAAAUCCUCACCCACAGAACACACCUGUACUACUUGGACUACCAGUACACACCAAAACCGGAUGGCAACGAUGUGACUCUUGUAGCACAGCUGUCUAUGGACAGGCUUCAGAUGCUGGAAUCUAUAUGUAAACACUGGGACGGCCCCAUCAGUCUGGCCCUGUACAUGUCUGAUGCGGAGGCCCAGCAGUUUCUGCGCUUCACUCUCAGCUCGGAAGUACUGAUGAAACGCAAGAACGUGGGCUAUCAUAUAGUCUAUAAAGAAGGGCAAUUCUACCCUGUGAAUUACCUGCGCAACACAGCCCUGAAGCAGGUCAGCACGCCCUACGUCUUUUUGUCCGAUAUCGACUUUCUGCCUAUGUACGGAUUGUAUGCAUACCUCAGGAAGGCUGUGGAUAUGAUGGACAUGAAGACAUCCAAAAAGGCGUUAGUGGUGCCAGCCUUUGAGACGCUGCGCUAUCGCCUGGCCUUUCCCAAAUCCAAGGCGGAACUGCUGCACAUGCUGGACAUGGGCACCCUGUUCACAUUCCGCUACCACGUCUGGCAGAAGGGCCACGCUCCCACCAACUUUGCCAAGUGGCGGACGGCCACCACUCCCUACCAGGUACAAUGGGAGCCUGAUUUUGAGCCCUACAUAGUCAUGAGAAAGGACUGCCCGACCUAUGACCUGAGAUUUGUGGGCUUUGGCUGGAACAAAGUCUCCCAGAUCAUGGAGGUCGAUGCGCAAGGUUUUGAAUUCAUUGUUCUACCCAACGCUUUCAUCAUUCACAUGCCGCACACGCCAAGCUUUGACAUUGCAAAAUUUCGUUCCAGCGACGUGUAUCGGGCGUGUCUGCAAGUUUUAAAGGAGGAAUUUCAGAAGGAUCUCUCCAGGAAAUACGGGUUUGCAGCUUUGAAAUAUGUGGCAGUGGAAACAUGAUAUUCGGUGUCUUUAGAUACAGCAUUUGUAUUUUUUAACAUUAAUGUAAUCGUUGACGUGCCAUUGCAUUUUUGGCCAAAUCUUGAUCCUCAAAAUUUAGUAAUUCCGUCGACAAAGUAAAUAUUUAACUGUU